UGAAGAGAGAUCUUUUCUGGAAAACUCGAUCCUGUGUCGAUCUCGAUUUGACCUCAGCACCGUGAACAAAGCUCCUGCAUGAGCCCCAAGCAUUGCAAACGAGCUUGUGACGCCUGUUUAUGACAGACUAAGUGGUGUUCCUUUCCUCGAAUAUUCAGCUUCUAUCGGCGCUGGCUGCCGCGACCUCCUUGUUUGUGCGAAUAUGUCUGCAGACAAUUUCAAAGCCCGCACCCUGAAGCGGAAGAACGUCAAAGGCCUUGCCUUGAAUGCCAGUCAGCCGAAACCUUCUGCUCCGUCGGCUGGAGACGCACAGAUACCUGGCGCUCUGGGCAAUUCCAUCGAUCGACCAGAUACGCUUGAGAUUGGGGUCGAGUUUCGACUAGACUUGAGAAGCGAAGAUCUCAUUGUGCUCAAAGAGCUUGGAGCAGGAAAUGGAGGUACAGUGAGCAAGGUUGUCCACGCGGCCACCAAAGUAGUCAUGGCAAGAAAGGUAAUCCACGUUGAGGCGAAAAAGGAAGUUCGAAAGCAAAUAGUCAGGGAGCUUCAUAUCAUGCAUGACUGCAACUCACCAUACAUUGUAUCGUUCUACGGAGCAUUUCUGAACGACGCUGGAGACGUAAUCAUGUGCAUGGAGUACAUGGACUGUGGGUCUCUCGAUCGCAUCUCCAAGGACUUCGGCCCAGUUAGAGUAGACGUCCUUGGUAAGAUUGCAGAAUCCGUCCUGGGCGGUCUAACGUACCUCUACAAUGUGCACCGCAUCAUGCAUCGAGAUAUCAAGCCAUCCAACGUGCUCGUAAACUCAAAGGGACAAAUAAAACUCUGCGAUUUUGGAGUCUCAGGAGAGCUGGUCAACUCCAUAGCCGACACUUUUGUGGGCACCUCAACAUACAUGGCACCAGAGCGUAUAUCGGGCGCACAAUACUCGGUCAAGUCUGACGUAUGGAGCGUUGGCUUGACACUCAUGGAACUUGCCAUUGGGCGAUUUCCUUUCAGCUCGAGCGACGAUGAUCGGGCGGCCGGGCCCAUGGGUAUUUUAGAUUUGCUUCAGCAGAUCGUGCACGAGCCCGCUCCAAGGCUACCGAAGAGUGACGCGUUUCCAAGUAUUCUGGAAGACGUUAUUGAUAAGUGUUUGGCAAAAGACCCGGAGCUCCGGCCCACACCCCAAGAGCUUUUUGAGAAAGACGCAUUCCUCCAAGCCGCCAAACGAACCCCGGUUGAUCUCGAGUCCUGGGCGGUAAGCAUGAUGGAGCGACACAAUCGGAAAUCACACAUCGGUCUGCAGCGGCCGCCGGCCAACAAAGCCGCCCUCCGAGAGGCCAUGUCUCCGGCCCCCGACUCUGCUUCGUCCCGGACGCCGACAUAUGGUGAUAUCCCCAUUGCAGGCGACAUCAGACCGUCACCUCUGUCGGCCAGAGAUAUUAAUCCUUACGGUCAACCCACCCCACGACCAAUGUAUCCUCCGCGAAUAUCAAGCGCUGCUGCCAUGGCACCGCCACAAUCCGCUGGCUCCAUCGCCACGACCACGCUUCCCGUUCGUCUUGGGUCAGCGCCGAACAAUCCGCUCCCCACACCUCCGGGGACGGCCAUGCGCCUACAAUCAUCUUCGAGAACCCCAGGGCUGGACCCUGAUAUGAGGAAAGAGGCACGACGGCAAGCAGCCUACGGCAUUCCGUAUCAUAACGGCGAGUCAACGCCAUACUAGAUGACGAAUCGUCUCUCAUUUGAGACAUCUUCUGUCAUUUUCUGCAUCCAAAUAUCCGGCACAAUUUCUUUGAAGCACUGCAGCUAUUACUCUUAUCUUCUGACAAUCAUGGCGUCAUAUCUCGGACAUCUAAUACCCCUCCCCAAAACCUCUCAUCUCGCAGAAUUAUUCAAUACACAUUGUUGCUGGCGAAGCUUUAGUUCAUUAUCUUCACUUUUCGGCAUUUUUACGCUUAUAGCUUCCUGGGUUCAUACCUC